AUGUCUAUUACCAUCGAGAAGAUCUUAGCGGCCUCCCCGAUCACCACUCGGGGACAGCCCACACAGCUCUCCACUGAUGCCAAAGGGGAAAGGAUAGCAUAUGCUUCAGGAAAGUCGAUCUUCGUUCGCUCCAUCGACAACCCAGCCAUUUGCAAGCAGUACACCCAGCACACCGCAGCGACCACCGUCGCCCGCUUCGCCCCCUCCGGCUUCUACAUAGCAUCCGGUGACGUCUCGGGCACUGUGCGCGUGUGGGACGCUGUUGAGGCCGUCAACACCAAGGGCGAGUACCACAUCAUCAGCGGGCGCAUCAAUGAUAUCGCGUGGGACGGCGACAGCCAGCGCAUCAUCGCCGUGGGCGACGGCCGCGAGCGCUUUGGGCACUGCAUCACGGCGGACAGCGGCAACAGCGUCGGCGAGGUCUCUGGGCACAGCAAGGUCGUCAAUGCCGUCAGCAUGAGGCAGCAGCGGCCGUUCCGCGCCGCCACCGUGUCUGACGACUCGGCCAUGUGCUUUUUGCACGGGGCGCCGUUCAAGUUCGCCGCGAAAAGUGACAUCCACAAGGGUUUCGUGUUUGGAACUGCCUUCAGCCCGGAUGGCAGUGCGCUGGUCACGGUCGGGGCGGAUCGGCGCAUCCAGCUGUACGAUGGCAAGACGGGGGAGGCGACGAAGCAGAUCGGCGAGGGUGUACAUAGUGGCAGCAUCUUUGCUGUGAGCUGGGCAAAGGAUUCAAAGAGAUUCGUCACAGCGAGCGCAGACCAGACUGUUCGUGUAUGGGACGCCGAGUCCGGAGAGAAUGUGCAGACUUGGAGGCUGGGUGAAGAAGGCAGUGUCAAUGUCAACGACCAACAAGUCGGCGUUGUAUGGCCUCAUGGUAGGAGCGACGGCCUGAUUCUCAGUCUUAGCUUGUCUGGAGACCUGAACUAUUUGGCAGAGGGUAGUCCAAAGCCUAUCAAGGUUGUUCAGGGCCACAAUAAGAGCAUCACAGCAAUAGGGGCAGCAUCGGAUGGGAAAGGGGAGACCGUAUACACCGGCAGCUUUGACGGCCUUGUGAACCAGUGGAAUAUCGGGACUGGACUUGCCACGGCUGUGGAUGGGCAGACUCACACCAAUCAAGUCACUCAAUUUGCCACUUCUUCUGGAAGGACAUACAGCGUUGGCUGGGAUGAUACACUUCGCAUCGUAGACGAAUCUGCAAACACAUUUGCCGGUUCCUCACAGAAACUCAGUGGCCAGCCGAAGGGUGUUGCGGCUUCAGAUGGCCGCGUGGUUGUUGCGACAACCUCUGGAGUCGUGGUCUUUUCAAAGGACCAGUUAGUUGGUGAGACAAGCACGAGCUUCAGCCCUACUGCUAUUGCUGCUUCAGGGCCAAUUGUCGCAGUCGGCGACGGCAACAAUGUCCGCGUGUAUAAGCUGGACUCGAGCAGUAAGCUUUCAGAAGUGGUCACGCUGAAGAACUCCACGGCUCAGAUCUCGGCGCUCGCAUUUUCAAAAGAUGGUUCCUAUCUCGCGGCUGGCAACUCAACAGGAAAAAUCAUUGCGUACAAGACGAGCGACUGGAGCGUCGGCACGGAUCGAUGGUCAGCGCACACUGCUCGGGUGAUGAGUAUCGCCUGGAAUGAUGCAGGAACACACACUGCCAGCGGUGCGCUAGACACGAACCUGUUUGUAUGGAGUCUCGCAAAGCCGGGAAGCCGUGUCAAGGCAUUGAAUGCCCACAAAGAUGGGGUCAACGGUGUUUGCUGGGUAGGUGAUAAGGUGGUCAGUACGGGCGGUGAUGCGGCGGUGAAGAUCUGGGCGGCGUCGAAUUUACAAUGA